AGAUUUGCUUUUGACUCAAGUGCAAAGCAGAGCCUGGCUCUGGCAGAGCCUCAAAUGGCGUGAGGUUUAUGUCAGAGGCAGCUGCCUCUUCGAAUGCUCCUUUUGUUUCGUCAAGUCAAUCUCACCCUUCAAAGAAGGAAGGUUGGCCAGAGGUUCCUGCAUUCUCGGCAACUUCACCAUGCUUCCGCUCCGCCGCUUUAGCAGUAGAUGCAGUUGGCGGUGAGAAAUGGCGUUUGAGAGAGGGCUACGCGUCAGAAGGACCGAGUGAGUCUUCAGUCAACGUAGAAGACACGGAGGAUGAGAGCCUGCAGCAGGCACUUCCAGGCCUAGAGCGCUUCUAUGAGACGAUGGCGGCAAAGGCUCAGAUCAAGCCUGGAGCGGGGUCUUCAUCUAGCUGGGUGUUAUCCAUGGCACGCAGCUACCGAAGACUCUCAAAGGAGAAGCGCAGGCGUGGUCGCUUGAAGGAGCUGCUUCAACCCGCAGGCCAAGGAGUCUUGAGGAGCGCUUCAGGUGGGAAUUUGGCUUGUCCCGAGCACCUGUGUUGGUCUUCCACUGACGACAGUGGCUACGAGGCUGGGUACGAGACAGAUGCAGACGAGUCCGAACUGAGUGAGUGGGAGAGUGGCAAUGUGCGACAAGGGCACAAGAGGAAGCUUGAAGCACUUGUGAAUUUGACUAUGCAGAUGAGCUUUUCAGCCGAAAUACCCAGUGGACAAAAGAAUGAGGAGACCUUGGGCCUUGCUGAGUCUGCUCGGCAGCCACCACCAAAAACCUUGCGGGCUUUGGGGACGCGGCCUGUUGGCCUGCGCUUGUCACUACCCAACGGAUCUGAUUCUGUGGCACAAGAGUCAAAGACCACUCCCGAAGGUCAAGCGGCGCCCAUGCCGGUGUUGGCGCCUCCUGAUAGCCAAAACUACGCCAGCUUGGCGUCAACCCAACUGUUGCCACGGCCAUCUCAAGAACAUCCGUGGACGGAGAAGCUGCAGCCAAGUGUCUACUACGAUGCAACAAAUGCAGCGCUGGAUUCGCAUGUGAAUGUGCAGUCCUGGAUGGCCACUCCAGAAGCUCGUGAUGCUGCAAUGGAGGUCGAGUGAAGCAGCCCGAGAAUUGGACAAAGAUCUCGUGGCAAGCCGUUGUACAUAGCUGUUCCGACGUCUUGGCCAGGCAAUUCGGAAGAGCUUGGUAAGGC